UGAAAGAGUGAUCACUCAUCAUUACACAUAUCAAAAUAAAAAUCAGUAACUAGGGUCAUGUAAUCAUGUACAAUGUUAUUGUAGUACUUUUUUAAUCACAAGUGACACAAUACUAUCUCAACUUUAUAACUUUUUUAUGGUCCAUUGAAGCUUAUUAAUUUCCUUUUCCCUCACAUUUGUAUCAAAUUCACUACCAAACCAAUCCUUUUUUCUUUCUGUCACUAUCAAAGUACAAACAUAUUCCACCCCUUUAACUUUAAUAUCUAAACAUCAAAAUCUCCUCUCCCAUGGAAGAAAACCAAAUCACUCAAAACCAACAACACCACCAUCUUCCCCCAGACAAACUCCAAAUGAACAACAAACCUAUUUCACCUUCUCCUUACAGCACAAGCUCUCCCAAACGUGCUUUUGCCACAUUCAUAACAAUCUUUCUCAUACUAAUAGGUAUCACACUACUUGUCCUCUGGCUUGUCUACCGUCCACACAAACCUCACUUCACGGUUGUCGGUGUCGCCGUCUACGGCCUCAACACAACCUCACCACCUCUCCUCUCCGCCACCUUGCAGUUCAACGUCCUCAUAAAGAAUCCAAACAAACGUGUCUCAGUUUACUAUGACAGAUUCUCAGCUUUUGUUUCCUACAGAAACCAAGCCAUAACGCCACAGGUUAUGCUCCCACCGUUAUUCCUAGAAAAACACAGUCAGGUUUCAUUGUCUCCCGUUCUCGGAGGGACCGCGGUUCCGGUGUCGGUAGAAAUAUCAAACGGUUUGAUGGUGGAUGAAGGUUAUGGAGUAGUUGGUCUGAAACUGGUGUUUCUUGGAAGAUUGAGAUGGAAAGCUGGUGCAAUAAGAACAGCACAUUAUGGUUUCUAUGGAAAGUGUGAUGUGUUGAUUGGUUUGAAGAAAGGUUUUGUGGGCCAGGUUCCAUUGCUUGCUACUCCACCUUGCUACAUCGACAUAUGAAAUUAAGCUAUGUUACUACUUUAUGUUGUUCUAUUUUCUUUUUGUUUUGAAUUCAGAUAUUAGCGUAUGUAAUGUAAGAGUUUGAGUUUUCUUUUUUGUAUGAAUGUUAUUCUUGGAGUGAUGAAUAUUGAAUAAUGUGUCUGAGAAUGGGUCCAUUAUGAAAAGAUGAUAAUGAAAUAGUAAGUUUUAUUAUGA